CUGAAGUGGAUCGACAACAUUACGACUGGACAGUCUAGCGAUAGAGUGGAGAGAGCUACUUGAAGGCAGCAAAAAAAAAAUUCUGAAAAAUGGCUGACAGCCCAACAUCUAGUAAGUCCCGUUCUCCAACUGGUAGAGUAAAGAAGCCUAAAGGUAAGGGAUCACCAAAACCUAAAGGAUCACCAAAACCUAAAGGAUCACCAAAAGGAUCACCAAGAGGAUCAGCCAAAGGAAAACUAAAGCUUUCUGCUAAAAAAGAUGAAGAACUUGACCUGUCUAUGGCAAGCAUGGGCCACCCAGAAAUCUUUCCUCUGGUUCUCACUGAAAAAACUCAGGAAAUAUUUAACUGUCGUGCUGAUAUAGAUAUCACAGCUGACAACCCUUACAAACUUGUUAAAAAAGAGGAUAUAAUUCAGGAUAUGAAGACAAGAGCUGCAAUUUCUGAUUUCCAUCCAAUAAAAAAAAUAAUCCAAGAUUACCCUGGAGAAGAACUUCUGAUAGUCUUUGACAGAGAGUUAAAAUAUGGACAAGUAUUUUAUCUUAUUGCAACUGAAGAGGCCAAGGAAAGCAUUUUAAAUCCUCCAGAGCCAGAGGAAGAAGAAGAAUUUAAAGAAGGAAUCCAAGAAGACUAUGUUUAUAAACCUCCUGUGCACAAACCUUGGGUCUCUCUUGGAAGUGAAAAAGAAAUUGAAGAAGAGUUAGUUAAGGAAUCACCAGCAAAGAUUAAAUAUAUGAUUUCUCGGCCACACAAAGAGUUUGGGGUUCGAAUUAAAUUAUUCAACAGAAAUGCUUCAUCUGAUAAAUAUGGAUAUGUGGAAUGUACAGCAUACCAAGAUAAAAACUUCACAAUCCGGCAGCUUGAAAGAGACACUGGUAUUCAGGUUGUUCCGCACGAAAAAGAGACAGGUACUCAGACAAAAUGGGCUUACCCAAAAAAUGAAGGGACACAGUAUUAUCCUAGAGAAUUUUCAGAUGAAGAAAAGAAUAAGUAUUUAUCAUCAGAAGAGCUGAAAAACUUUGUUCUCUCUGUGGCUUUAAGAGUUGAAAUAGCGUUACAACAAAAUGAAAUAAUGGAUGCCUUUUUUGAUGAUUGGAAAGCCCUUGCAGAAGACGAAGGGGCCUUUGCGGGGAAGUCAGAUGUUUUCCUUAAGGAAUACCAGUCAUUUACAGACCUACAUUAUCUCAAGGACAGAACAGUUAGCUGCAUUUGCUGGCACCCAACCAUUUAUGGGAUCAUCGCAGUGUCAGUAACAGAGAGACUUUCUUAUGAGGAGCGAAUACAACAGUCUGGGAAAUUACUCUUGUGGAAAGCACCAAUUCUUUUUUGGAGUUUUGCAGACCCUAUUCACCCACAGCUAAUGCUGGAGUGUCCUGAUGACAUCUAUUGCUUCCAGUUCUCACCAAGUGACCCCAACAUCAUUGCAGCAGGCUGUAUAAAUGGACAGGUUGUACUGUGGGACAUUUCACAGUAUGAAGACAGGUUACAGAAUGCAAAGACAGGCGGAGGAGGCAAGAGAACUACAGCCAAUAUGCCAUCGUUCAUUGUGGAGCAACAACUCGCAAAAGAGCUGCACAUGGUGAGAUACUGCGCAGUCUCUUCCAUAGAAUAUGGCCACAAAUCAGUUGUUACGGAUAUUCAGUGGCUCCCGGACACUUUUGAGGUUAACAGACUGGGUGCUGUCUUUGAGAACAGAGCUGGAAUUUGUGUACAACUCGUCACUUGCUCUCCUGACUGUUCAGUAUUCUUUUGGGAUCUCCGGGCUCAAAAACCUGGCUUCCAACCUUCAGCUGAGAAGAAGAAAGAUAACAAGAUAAUUACAUGUCCGUCUGAAGUGCCAACUACUUUCAAGCACUUAGAUCUCUCCUGGAGACCCCACAUUAAGUUAAGUCUGCCAAAGACAGAUACUGGUGGAGAGUACAGCCCAGUGAAAAUGAGCCUCAGAGAGGAGCACCACCAUACCAAAAUACAAGACAGGACACAACCCCAAGCCAGACAGGAGGCAUCUAAAGAUAAACUACCUUAUAGCGAAGUAACGACCCCAUCAGUGAAACCACCUAAGCUGCUAGAAAAUAUCACUACCAACUUUUUUGUUGGAACUGAAGAUGGCGAAAUCCUUUAUACAGAUUGGAAGAUGGAAAGAGAUGGUGACUCGGGAAGAUUGCUUAGCCAGAAGCCAUCCAACAUAUAUAAUAUCCAUGAUGGACUCGUCCAUACGGUACAGAGGUCUCCAUUUUUCAAAGACAUAAUUCUCACUGUUGGAGGCUGGAAUUUUGCCAUAUGGAAAGAAGGAGUUACGAGUGGGCCGCUCCUUCAGUCAAGCUGUGCUGCGAAGAGAUACACAGUUGGGCACUGGUCUUUAUCAAGAGCAGGUGUAUUCUUCAUUGGUCGAGAAGAUGGAAAUAUUGACAUUUGGGACCUACUGGAGAAAACGCAUGAACCAUCUCAGACCCAAAAUGUCUGUAUUGCACUGAUUACUUGCAUCAAACCCUGGAUCUACUCUUCAAAGCAACACUUCUUAGCAGUGUCUGAUGAUUUUGGUACGCUGCAUAUUUUAGAAAUUUCCUGGACAUUAAGUCAUCCUUCUAUUAAUGAGCGUUCCAGUGUUCAUCAUUAUUUUGAGCGAGAAGUCAAACAUCUCGAGUAUUUUGACCAGCGACAAGAAUUCAGAGCCCAAGAAAGAGUGGAAAUGGAGAAAGAAUCAUUAUUAAAGAAGGCGACAACGGUUGGGGGUCAGCGAUCCAGGGAAUUAAUGGAAGAACAGACAAAGCAGGAUUACCUGGAGUUUUUGGAUACAGAGAAGAACAUUCUGAAGGGACUUGGACUACUGAAGGGAUUGGAUAGAUUUAGCCCCUGA